AUGGUGCCAUUGCUCGUGGUUAUCUGGUCGCACCCUCUGGCAGCGAAAUUGGGCUACGCCAGUGUCAUUUUGGGAGGACUUUGUGCAGCGGCCUACUUCCUCUACCUCUCAGUAAUGGUCGCUCGAGCGCUGUGGCAAAUCUUCGCCAAACGCCGACUUCUUCCCGCCCUUCAGCCCGACCAACGUGUCUACUACUCCGGUCUCAUCUACCGCUUCACUGCUCUUCUCCUCUACACCAUUCUCUGUGCAGCGCUCACUGUCAUAUUCUACAUCUUCAGCCAGGCUAAUGAGGAACAAUGGAAGUGGGGAAGCCAUCGUAUUGAAUACACUUCAGCGUUUAUAACCGGUGUCUAUGGAAUGUGGAAUGCCUACGUAGUUACCAUUCUCUGUCUCUACGCCCCCUCGCACAAGUUCCGUUCACCUCGUGGAAAUCAGAUGCUGGAAAACCUUUUAGUAAACAGUGAGACAUCUGGAGAACCCUGUCCAACAGACCCACUUGGGAAUACAGAGGCCCCAGGAGUCGAAAGUAUUCAAUUAGUGCCCUCCAAAGGUCUCUCUUUCUUCACCAAGACAGCCCAGGAGUGA